AUGAAACAUCAGAUUGUCACCUAUAAUAUCCGUUAUGGUUCUGCUUCCGAUGGAGCGAAUUCAUGGAAGCACCGACGUGAAAUAUUUUUCAAUAGUCUAAAUGAAAUACAACCGACAAUUAUGGGUACUCAAGAAGGUGAAUAUUUUCAGUUACAAGAAAUUCUUACGGCACUCGGAGGCAAUGAGAAAUGGUCAUUUGUGGGUGUUGGAAGAGAUGAUGGGCAAGAGAAGGGCGAACAUUGUGCUAUAUUCUAUGAUAAGACUAAAUAUGAAUCUGUUGAAAAUGGCACAUUUUGGUUGAGUGAUACGCCAAAUCAACCGUCAAAAUCAUGGGAUAGUACAUUGCCAAGAAUAUGUACAUGGGUAAAAUUGAGAGUUAAAGAUGACAAGGCUACAAAACCAGAAUCAAUACUUGUUUACAAUGUUCAUCUUGAUUGGCCAUCAUUUCUUGCUCGAUCAAAAUCAAUGCCUUUAGUUAUCGAUCAUAUUGAUAAAUAUGCUCGCAGUUGUCGAGUGAUUGUCAUGGGUGAUUUUAAUAAUGAAACUAUGGAUGCACCAGAAAUAAAAAUAAUGGAAACAAAUGGAUUUCUUGAUACUUAUUUUGUUCGUCAUCCAGAUGAUGUUAAAACAGCAACAUUUCAUGAUUUUACCGGUCAUCCAUCAUCAUGUAAAAUUGAUUUUAUUUGGAUUUAUGCUAAAGUCUUAUUUAAUGUAAUCGAUGCAACAAUAAACAAGUAUAAUGAGAAAAAUAAAUAUCCAAGUGAUCAUUUUGCUGUAACUGCUACAUUAGAGUAA